AUGGAAAUAUCUUUUAUACUACUUUUUAUACUUUUAACAUCUUGCAUUACAUCGACAUCAUCGUUGACCAUCAACGUUUUAUUGGAGUAUGAAUAUUUUAUACCUAAUUCUUAUACAAAUCGUACAAGUGAACGUAUAAUUAGUGGCCUCGUAUCAUCGACUGGAAAAGUGAAAAAUGUUAAUGGUCCGGUUUAUGUAUUGAUUUCUUCUUCAAAUUCUCAUGACGCAUGUAAAGAUCCGUUACCAACACUUACUCCCUCUGUGAAUCCUCCAUGGAUUGCAAUAAUAACGCGAGGUGGAGAUUGUUCGUUUACAACAAAAAUUCAGCGAGCGAAAAAUUAUGGUGCACAAGCUGUACUUAUUUAUGAUCCAUUUGAGAACGACAACAAGUUAUAUGAUAUGAUUCAAAAUUGUUCGGAUAUGCUAGCAGUUUAUAUACAACGUUCAUUAGGCCAAAAUCUUUUAUAUCUCGCAAUCGAUAGACGAGCAAAACUAAAUAUAACAAUUGAACCGACGAGAAAUGAUGACUUAAAUCGUGAUAUAUUUCUCAGUAGUAAACAAGCGACAAUUUUCGUAGCAGCUUCAGUUUGUAUAUUAAUAUGUCUUUGUUUAUCAUGGCUACUAUUUUAUUAUUGUCAAAGAAGAAGAACGCGCACGGCUAAAGAUCGUUUUCAGCAACGGUUAAAAAAAGCAGCAAAAACAGUUUUAAAUAAAAUACCAUUACUCUCAGUUAACGAAGAUCCAUCUACGGAACAAAUAUGUGUAAUAUGCCUAGAUUCAAUAAAAACUGGCAAUAUUCUAAGACAACUUGUAUGUGGACAUGCGUUUCAUCAAGACUGCGUUGAUCCGUGGCUCUUAGAUAAGAGACAUUGUCCACUAUGCAAUCUCGAUAUACUAACAGCUUAUCGCGUAUCUAUUCCUCGCGAAGCUCAUUUGAGUAUCAUUUCAACCGUGAGCAAUAGUUCAGGAACUGAUAUUUCCUACACAUUUCCUACAACAGCCACAUCCAAUCGCAUAAACGAUUUGGCGCUACCAUUUGCACGGAUUCAUCAAAUACAAGAUAACGAUAUCAAUAACUCUCGAAUAAUACCAUCGAUAUCAGCUACCGUAAAUAAUCCAUAUUAUCAACCGUCAUUAUACGUCUGUAAUGAUGAUCAUCACAAUCUCACACUAUCGUCAGUGUCCUCCUCUCAACAUGUCGUAAAUAUUGAAGCGUUCAAUGAGAGAGAUGAGUCAUUUGGUUCAACAAAUCCUAUAUUUAAUCCGGAUGACGAAAAAUCAUGA